AUGCCAGGUAGAGCUACAGCGAUGAUGAGCCUCAAUCUUGCGCGCUCGCUCGCUCAGAUGAACCUGGCCAGCAAAAGAGCUCUGCCAGGCUUUGUCAACACGAGCCUGAGAGCUUAUGCGCCCUCUCUCGCUGCAUCUGUGAUGAGUCGCACAUUGACCAGCACAGCUAGGGCACAAGCAGAUGUCAUCACCGACGCGACCUCUGCUCUGUCGACCAGCAAGCCCAAGCGAUCCCGCUCCUCUGCUUCCACGGGUAGCGCGACGGCGGAUGCCGUCAAGAAGGGGGCCCAGAAGGUCAAGAAGGCCGUCAAGCCCAAGGCUAAGAAGGCAGCGAAGCCCAAGAAGCCAAAGGUAGUCAAGGCCAAGAAGCCAAAGGUCGUCAAACCUAAGAAACUCAAGAGCGCCCUGCAACCGCCUAAGCCUCCAGGAGGCCCUCUGACCAUCUUCGUAGCCGAGAAUCUCAAGGCUCGUCUUGCACAGACGCCUACCUCAUCCGCCUCGGGCAAGCACUCGGUACAGGACAUUCGUCAGGCGUUCGCACGCGUUGCUGAACGCUACAAAUCCCUCUCGUCAAGCGAGCAAGCGGCCCUUGCAUCGCGUGCCGCAGAGGCCCGCACGGCUUAUGAGAGCCAGCUCAGCGAGUUCCGAUCCUCGCUCACGCCCGAGAUGAUCCGACAAGAGAACAAGGUCAGAUUCCAGCAACGCAAGGGUGGCAAGCGCAUUGGCAACCUCAGGGAUCCUGAUGCUCCGAAGCGACCAUCGACCGCUUUCUUCCUUUUCCUGACGCGUGGCCGCAAUGACCCCUCGUCGGUCGGUCUUCAGAGCCUGCCGGGCAAGACGACCGAGCAAACCGUCGUCCUUGCGGGCCGCUGGAAGGAAAUGAGCGAUGCCGAGAAAGAGCCAUACGUGUCUGAUGCACUAAGAUUGCGCGAAGAAUAUAAGCAAGCGUCGGCGCGCUACGAAUCUUCGCUCCAGCAUGCUUGA